GAACAAUGACGCAUUUGCUAAAGGGGGGGUGAUGGUGGAGGCACGGGAGCCCUAUAUGACACCAUUAUUAUAAAAUUUAAGAAUUAAAAAACAAGCAUGUCACAUACACCAAGCAUUAUUAUUAUUGGAGCAGGUGCUGCGGGGAUUGCAGCAGCCACAAGAUUGUUGAAACAUGGAAUUUCCAAUUUUAAAAUUUUAGAAGCUGAAAAUCGAAUCGGAGGAAGAAUAUAUUCUACGCAAUUUGGUGGAAGUAUAGUAGAUGUAGGUGGACAGUGGGUGCAUGGAGAAAAAGGAAAUAUUGUUUACGAGAUGGUUAAAGACCUUAAUCUUUUAAGUUCUUCUAUAAAUGACUAUGAAGAUAAUACAUUUUAUCUUUCUAAUGGUACGCAAGUUUCCAAAAAACUCAGUGACCAACUUUUUCAAAUUUAUAGUGAGGUAGUUGACAACGUAGAGAGUGCUGCAGAUAUGCACCAACCCUAUGGUGAAUAUUUCAUAAAAAGGUACAACGACAUAUUAAUUGAAAAGUUUAAGGACGACUCAAAUGUUUUAGAAUUAGCAAAGUAUUUUGUAGACUGGUGUCACAAACUUAGCACGUGUCUUGAGUCUUCGAAAACGUGGUACGAUCUGUCAGUUCAUGGAUCCGCGAUAGCUUUUGUACGAAGCGAGGGAGAUCAACUAUUAAAUUGGAAAGAUAAGGGAUACAAGACUAUUCUCGAUGUUCUAAUGGAGAAAAUUCCAGAUCCCACCAAAACACUUCCAAUUGAGGAUAAAAUUUUGCUCAAUAAAGAGGUUAACAAAAUAGUCUGGGAUGAAAAUAUUUCUAAUGAAAAUAAACACACUGUUUAUUGCUCCGAUGAAACCUCGUACACAGCGGAUCAUAUAUUAAUCACGACAUCCGUGGGAGUUUUGAAAAAAUUCCACAAAAGUUGGUUCGUACCUGAGCUUCCACCAUAUAAAGUUAAUUGUAUAGAACAUAUUUCGUUGGGUGUUGUAAAUAAAAUUUUAAUUAAAUUCCCUACUAAAUGGUGGCCCGAUGGCACCAAAGGUUUUAGUUUAUUAUGGACCGAAAAAGAUAGUUUAAAUCUAACAAAUGAACUUCCAGUUCCUGGACCAAUCGAUGAAAAUGGUAAAUCUUGGUUAGAAGACGUAUUUGGCUUUUACGUAAUUGAUAGUGAACCAAAUACCCUAUUGGGAUGGGUUGUUGGCAAAAUGGCUGCAGAAGUAGAAUACAUGAGUGACAAAGAUGUUAUUGCUUUGUGCAUGUUUCUGCUGCGAAAGUUUUUGGGUAAACUUUAUAAUAUCUGCGAUGCGAAUGAAAUUUUGAGAUCGAAAUGGAGCAGUAAUCCUCAUUUUUGUGGCUCUUAUGUCUUUAAAAGUAUAGAUCAAGAAAAUCACAAUGCAACGGCUGAAGAUUUAGCUCGACCAAUAAUUUCUAAAAAGUAUAAUAAACCUAGUUUACUUUUUGCUGGAGAAGCUACAAGUACAAAUCACUUCUCAACCGUUCACGGAGCUAUUGAAACGGGUUUCAGAGAAGGAGAUCGAUUAGCGGAAAUAUUACAGAAGGCAUAAAAUUCAGCUAUUUUUUGUAAAAUUAUCAAACAUCCUUAAUAAAAUUAAUAUAU